GCUGUGACUCGAGAGCUGGCUACAGGCGCAUGGAAGGUUCCCCGGAACGGGAGGCGCCAGCGGCGGCGCUGGCCGCCGUGCUAAAGCACAGCUCGACGUUGCCGCCCGAAAGCACCCAGGUUCGGGGCUACGACUUCAACCGCGGUGUGGAUUACCGCGCGCUGCUGAAAGCCUUCGGCACCACCGGCUUCCAGGCCACCAACUUCGGGCGCGCUGUACAGCAAGUCAAUGCCAUGAUCGAGAAGAAGCUGGAACCACUGUCACAGGAUGAAGACCAGCAUGCAGACCUGACCCAGAGCCGCCGCCCACUUACCGGCUGCACCAUUUUCCUGGGAUAUACAUCCAACCUCAUCAGUUCAGGCAUCCGUGAGACCAUUCGCUACCUUGUGCAGCACAACAUGGUGGAUGUAUUGGUGACCACAGCUGGCGGCGUGGAGGAGGACCUCAUCAAGUGCCUGGCGCCCACAUACUUGGGCGAGUUUAGCCUCAGGGGGAAGGAGCUCCGGGAGAACGGAAUCAAUAGGAUCGGAAACCUGCUGGUGCCCAAUGACAAUUACUGCAAGUUUGAGGACUGGCUGAUGCCCAUUCUGGACCAGAUGGUGCUGGAGCAGAACACAGAGGGUGUAAAGUGGACGCCUUCUAAGAUGAUCGCCCGGCUGGGCAAGGAGAUCAACAACCCAGAGUCCGUGUAUUACUGGGCCCAGAAGAACCACAUCCCUGUGUUUAGUCCCGCACUUACAGACGGCUCGCUGGGCGACAUGAUCUUCUUCCAUUCCUACAAGAACCCGGGCCUGGUCCUGGACAUCGUUGAGGACCUGAGGCUCAUCAACACGCAGGCCAUCUUUGCCAAGGGCACUGGGAUGAUCAUUCUGGGCGGGGGCGUGGUCAAGCACCACAUCGCCAAUGCCAACCUCAUGCGGAACGGGGCCGACUAUGCUGUCUACAUCAACACAGCCCAGGAGUUUGAUGGCUCCGACUCGGGUGCCCGACCAGACGAGGCUGUCUCCUGGGGCAAGAUCCGGGUGGAUGCACAGCCCGUCAAGGUCUAUGCCGACGCUUCCCUGGUCUUCCCCCUGCUCGUGGCUGAAACCUUUGCCCAGAAGAUAGAUGCCUUCAUGCAUGAGAAGAACGAGGACUGAGCAGCUGCUGUCCCAAGGUCUUACCCCCUCCUCUAUUUAUUAAUUUGCAGACCCAGCCCCUCCCCUACUUUUUGGUCAGCCACGUCUCUAGAAUAAAAUGGUCUCUGCAGUCCUUCUGCAUCUGUGUCUCGGUCCUUGGUCCUGUUGGUGGGUCCCCUGGCUUCAGCCUGCUCCAUCCUCUGCCUCAUAGGUCUCUUCCCGCCAGCACUGGAUGCUGCCCCCCAUGGCAGUCAGCAGGCAGGGCUCCGUGGGGUGGUAGGCCAACGACUGCACCACGCCAUGACCCACAGGCAGGGCCAGAGCCAGGGCACCCUCCACCAGGUCCCAGAAGAACACCUUCCCGUCCUCAGAGCAGCUGACCACAUGUGUGUCACGCUCGCUUAGGCAGCAGUCCAGCUUGUACUCCUGGUUCUUAUGGCCCUUGUACUCGCCCAGCAGCUCCCCUGUGUCUUUGUCCAGGAGCCGCAAUGUGGAGUCCAGACUGGACACCAGGGUGCACUGCCCAUCCCGGCUGAAGCAGGUGCAGGUGAUGGGGCUGCCCACGUAGUCUGAGAAGAGCUGGCCCAUCCUCAGGUCAUAGCGUCUCAUGCGGCCGUCCACAGAGCCUGUCAGGACCUCGUGGUCUGACACCUUCACACUGGACACGCCAUCUCUGGCCUCAUCCAGCGUUUGCACUGGCUCAGGCCUCCGUGAGCGGCAAUCCCAACAGCGGAUACUGGAAUCAAUAGAGCCGGACAGGAUAACUGUGGCCUCUUCAUUAAACUGCACCGUGUUCACCUUCCCUGCAUGGCCCCGGAAUUUGCGCACGACCUGUCCUGAUGCCACAUCCCACAGAACCACCGCCUUGUCCCCGCCGCCGGAGCAGAGACUGCUGUUGUCAAAGGAGCCGGCCGCAUCCAGCACCUCGUAGCCGUGGCCGCUGUACGUCCGCAGCAGCGUCCCCCGAAGCGGGUUCCAUAGCUUCAGGGUCUUGUCACUGCCGCACGUCAGGCAGUAAUUGCCAUCCACAUUAAAUCGUACGGCUCGCA